GGUGCUAACCAAUAAUUUCUCAUGUGGUCCGCACGGCACUCGAUAUGAUUCAUCACGCUUCCGUUUUUUUUUUUUUUUGGCAAUAAAAACUAACCAUCUGCUUAUAACCUUAUCUUUUCCCUCUCUCCUCGUCUCUCCUCCGAUCCAUCAUGGCUUCACCUACGGAGGAAGGAACAAGCAAGCUCCGGGUUUUCUUCAUCCCCUUCUUCGCCUCGGGACACAUUAUCCCCAUGACCGACCUCGCCCGCCUCUUUGCCGCUCGCCCUGGCGUGGAGCCCACCAUGGUCCUCACCCCGGCCAAUGCCGCCCUCAUCCGCCCCACACUUGACCGCUCCGCCGCCGAUGGCCGCCCCGUCCGCCUCCUCCUCUACCCAUUCCCUUCAGUCGGCCUCCCCCCCGGUGUCGAGAACCUCGCCACCGCCACCCCCUCCGAGGCCUGGCGCGUCUACAAGGCCGUCGACCUUGCCCAAGAGGCCCACGAUCAGCUCCUCCACCAUCACCGCCCCGACGCCGUCGUCGCCGACAUCCCCUUCUGGUGGACCACCACCAUCGCCGCCGACCUCGGCAUCAGCCGCAUCACCUUCCACGCUGUCGGCGUCUUCCCCCAGUUAGCCAUGAACAACCUUCACAAGAUCCGAUCCAAGAUUCGAGAACUCGAGAAUGAAAUCGAACCAAUCGAGGUCCCCGACUUCCCGGGCCCACCGAUCAAGAUCCCCAAGUCGGAGCUGCCGGGGUUCCUCCGCUCGCCGGACCACCUCACGGAGACGUGGGACCGGUUGAAGGAGGCGCAGUUGGAGAGCUAUGGCGUGGUGGUGAACACCUUCCACGAGCUUGAGCCCGGGUACUGCGACCUCUUCCGGAAGGUGGACUGCAAGCGGGCAUGGUUCGUGGGCCCCGUCGCGCUGUCCUACGGGGAAGGCGCCGCGGAGCGGGGCGGCGGGGGGACGAGGGCGGAUGGUGGGAACCGGUGCCUCAAGUGGCUGGACACCAAGGAAGAGGGUUCGGUGGUGUUCGUUUGCUUCGGGAGCUGGUGCCACUUCACGGCGGGGCAGCUCCGGGAGAUGGCGGCGGGGCUGGAGGCGUCGGGAAAGGCGUUCCUCUGGGCAGUGAGGGGAACCACCGAAGAUGCCGCUAAGACGGAAGAGUGGAUGCCGGAGGGGUGGGAGGAGAGAGUGGGAGAGAGGGGACUGGUGGUCGGAGGCUGGGUCCCGCAGGUGGCGAUUCUGGAGCACAAGGCUGUGGGGGCCUUCCUGACCCACUGUGGAUGGAACUCCGUGCUAGAGGCGGUGGCCGCCGGUGUGCCGAUGCUGACAUGGCCGCUGGUCUUCGAGCAGUUCAUCAACGAGCGGCUGGUGGUGGACGUGAUGGGGUUGGGGAAGAGGGUCUGGGACGGGUUCCGGAGCACGCUGGCGGAGGAGAAGGUGGUGGUGCCUGGGGAGGCCAUCGGGAGGGUGGUGUCCGGAUUCAUGGAGCCAGGCGGCGAUGGGGAGAGAGCGAGGCAACGGGCCAGGGAGUACGCAGCCAUGGCGAGGGCGGCGGUUGCGGAGGGCGGGUCGGCCUACCGCGAUCUCGGCGGCAUGGUCGACGAGCUCGUGGCGAGGAAGAAGGGCAGGCAGAAGGCCGUGCAUGAGCGGGAGACGCGGUAACCGUCCAGGGAAGGAUGAUUUCGGGGGGCCUUCCCGGAUCUGAUGAAAGGGAUGGGCGGGCCACCACAGCAGACACUGUUGCUUGCAAUACGCAUAUAGUUUGUUAAAAGUUUUCUUUAGUUGUGAGGGAAGUAGUAAGUAGGUGUUGGCUGUGUUAUGCGAGAAGCUAAUAUCUGCAAUCCCUUUUUCGAUUCUAGUUUUGAAGCAAAAGCACCGUCCAGAGAACCUUGUCACCUUCUAAAAUCUUCUUCCUCCAAACAGGGCCUAAAUGUACGACGGGGAUCUAUCCUGAGAUAUGAGAUGACGUAUAUGGAAGGCUAGAUAUGUGUUAUG